AUGCAAGUUGGAGCGCGGGCCAACUGGGAGAUGCAGAAGGCGCUUGGCCACGGCCGCGUGAGACCAGCGGUGGCUGUCCGCUCUGACGCUGCCUCGCAUGCCGCCUCUUCGCUCACCAAGACGCCAUCUUGCGGUCCAGUCAACCCAUCUGCUGCUGCUGCCGCUUGCUGCGUCAAAGUGGCGUCUGAAGGAAAUGGUGGGCUUGACUUGCGCGUAUCGGCGGGCACGAGCAUUGUUGGCGGAGACUCGUCGUCGGCUGUGAGCAUCUGUGAAUGGGUGAGGGCCCUGGCCGCGACGUCAGCCGCCUCGGCCAGCCAUGCCAGACCGCCCGUCAGCCAGCCAGGCGGCCAGCCAGCCAGUGGACCAGUCAACCAGUCAACCCGCGCGCUCGCCUGCCACCCGCAGUCAGAGAUGAGUGGCUUCGACUGUCGUCAGAGUGAGGCCGUCCAGUCGCUCGCUCAAUCUUCCCUGACGCCUGUCGAUGGCUUGACCGUUCAGCCGCCCGCCGCACAGAUCCGUCAUCGGCUCACGCUCACACCAGCCAAACCAUCUUCUUUUCCAUCACCACCUCCGUCUAUCCACAUCGUCCUCGACCUCAACGUCGCUGCCAUCGCAUCUCGAACUACCCGUUCAUCCGCACCAUCCACCUCUACCAACCCCUUCGAGUUUAACACUCCGCAGAAAAUCAGUCAACAUGGCCGCCCAAGCUCAGCAGGUCCAGCAGAAGGUCGAAUACUUUGUCGCCCAGGUUCGUUGCUCUUGUCCAGGCUACGGCGCUCUCACGCCAUCUUGAUCGACGCUGCUGAUACUGACGAUUUCGCUGCUUACAAACUCACACCGUACCGAUCGACAAGGAGGUAUCCCGCCUUGAAGAAGUUCGAGCAGACCGUUCCCAUUCCUAAGGCUUACGCCGCUCUUGGUGCUUUCGGUAUCUUCACCCUCUUCGUCUUCUUCAACAUUGCCGCCGGCUUCCUCACCAACCUCCUCGGCUUCUUCGUUCCCGCCUACUUCUCGCUCAAGGCGCUCGAGAGCCCCCAGCCCGAGGACGACGUCCAGUGGCUCACCUACUGGGUGGUCUUCGGCAUGUUCACCUUCCUCGAGACCUUCUCCAGCAUCGUCCUCUACUACGUCCCCUGGUACUACACCAUCAAGACGCUCGCCAUUGUGUGGCUCAUGCUGCCCCAGACCCAGGGCGCCAAGAUGGUCUACAGCAAGGUCAUCCGCCCUGCAUUCCUCACCACCCAGAAGACCGUCCACAAGGCCAACGCCAGCACCCCUGCCGCUCCCGCCGAGACCCACUAA